AGAUGCCGGCAAUCGGCGGCAGUGGGUGCGGCAGAGCCUUCGCUUCAUUUCCACCGACGAAGCAAGAGGAGACGGGUGGUGCCUUAGACUUAUCAACAUCAAAAGGUUUACUGCUGUGUCUAGCCGUGUGCAAGUCUACCUGUGAUCCACCAUGAAGCUUCUCACAGCCGCCAUCUUUCUGACCUCCAUCGCUGGUAUCCUGGGUCUCCAGUGUUACACCUGUACGUCAGGGAGUGGUGCUCCUACUGACACCAAUGCCUGCGGUGAUCCGUUCAACGCGGCCACCACCGAUACUAACGUCUUGAAAACUACCUGCCCGACUGGCCUAGACGUGUGCGCUAAAACCACUGCAUCCAGUGGUGAUCUGAAUCUGGUGGCAAGGGCUUGUUACGCGAGUGCUGGCUGUCCCGAGCAAGGUGCUUGUUCCUCCGGCAGUUUUGGCGGCUCGUCUGCUACAAUCUGCUGCUGCAGUGGGGAGCUGUGCAACGCAGCUGGAUCGGUGACCGUCAACAUCAUCACUACCGUUGCCGUUAUCUUCAUGGCAAUGCUGUUUACACUAUAAACUCUUUAAACUAGUAUUAUCCCCGCAUGAUAGUGUGUCGGCUACUGACCUCUAUACUGACCGGUCUGGUUGACAAUGCGCCUGUACCGUGAAGCAACUGUCCGCCAUCUUUGUUCCCCCAUGACGUAUAGGUUUUCUUUCCAAGCCUGCUGCGGCUUUGGAGCACGUGUUUGGAAGUUGGUGGGGGGGGGGGGGGGGUGGAAAUAGGCCAAUCAGCGUAUAGAUUUCAGUCCAGUUACUAGUUAGUAUAGUGGUCAGUGGGGGCAGGCAUGUACAUGUAGACGCUGAGAUGAUUAUUUAGGUCUUGAGGUGAUUGCGAGAUUACAGAGGGCGCCCUUAUAGCGGCUCAAUCAACUCAUCCAAGGGAACUAACUUGGAUCAGAGCCGCCUAUUUGUCUCGUUCCAUCAUACGUUUGAUAGCCUUAAUAAAGGGUCAGACCCGCUAUUCGUAGUUUGGUAUUCCAAAUGUUAAAGUACACAUAAGGAUUUAGCCUAAUAAUAAGUUAACUCAAAUUAGCAUUUGACCUAAUUUGACCUAUCAUAAAGAUCUGACCUGAAAACGUGAUUCUGGGAUAAGCAAAGUAAUUAUGCACACAAGUCUAAACAUGCUGUUUCUGCAAUCCGCAACGCUCACACGCAAACAAGAAGAUUGAAAAGUUGUUCGUACGUGGAUGGAUCAUUAAAUAAACCAGUAAAACAUUGCACACCGUCCACAAUAGUUUUCAAAAUUACUGUACACUUGAUUCAGAACCAGAACUUUUUUCAUUUCCGUAUUUCCAAGACGAUCAUGCACGCUUGUGGCGAUCUAUUUUCAUCAGGACUGCCAGAUUGUGAUGUACGAACGCGCAGUUGGAAUACCAAAAUGGCGUUCAUUCAGUUUCUUAGUAGAGCACGUAGUUUUGAUAUAAGACAAACAGAUCAUAUACUUAGAAAUUGCGGGGUUUUUGUGUGAAUUGUUUUUGGUUACAUGACGUUUUUAGUCAAGACUGAGGUAUAUACUAUGAAGUCUUGACUGCUUGUAAAUAGCAUAUAAAAAUGAUCUGAUAUUCAUAAUGUAUAUUUACUGCAAUGCUACAGCAUCCGAGAGCUUUCAUAAGUUCUUUGAAAACUUUGGAUUAAAUUAGAAAGCAAACCUGAUGAUAACCUUCAAUAAUUUGAUAACACAAUAAUUUGGGAUCCAGAGAUGAAGCUGAGCUGGAGACACACCCGGGGUUUCAGAAACACCCUUCCGUGUUCCCCACGGUGCUGCGCAGGCGCACGACGGAUACGAGUGUCAUGUGAAUACUUUUGCAAGGAUCUUCCGGUGUGGUGUAUCGUAAUGGUUUCCGCAUUGCAGGCUUGAAGAUUGGAGACUAAAGCUUUUGUUUGUGGGGUCAACAUAAAUCAGAACUUCGGCGAUAUCCAUAUUACAUUCCAAAAAUAAACACCAACCUCAUCUUUUGAGAGGAAAUUUCACAUAGAGAAUAUCGUCUUCCGGGCAAACAAAUCCCAGUUUCUUUGCCUGGCUGUGUCGGUAGAAAGUUCGAAUGAGUAAAUGCUCUCUCAAGCUAGGGCAGAUUUGUAUGCAUGUGUGAAUAAAAUGAUGAUCUACUGAA